AUGGCCCAUGUGCGUUUGAAACCCAUCGCAGGUGAUGGAUGCUUCGAGCCAGCCUUCGCUUCCCAUCUUUUGGGAUCUCUAGGACGAGGGGCGAGCAGUUGCAAGGAACUGCAAGAAGCCGCUGCAAGCGUGGUGAUUGAAUCAGGGAAGCACCCCCAGAACAUCGAACGCGACCUCAUGAGGGCACUGGAGUUACCCUUAGAUUCUCAGGACUUUCUUGCACUGUUAGAAUCUUUUCAGGGUUGUUUCAGAAUCCUACAGCUCAACGUGCUCCACGACACUCAGAAAGUUGUUAUCCCAAAGUCUUCCAUCAAGGAGUACUGGGCUCACUGGAAGAAAUUUUGUACGCAUCAUGAGGCAGCAGAUGAUGGGAACCACAGUCCAAUUGGGCUUUUUGGGGACGACGCGCGGUGGUCCUUAGCAGGGUCAAAGAUUAUUUGCGUGCUUCUCAACCAAAUCUUGGACCCCAAAACCAGACUGCCUAGCACUCGCUUCCUGCUCUUUUGCCUCCGGGUUGAGCUGAGUCUUGGCACAUCAACGAUCGAUCCACUUUUUCGUGCUCAGGCAUGGAGCCUUAACGUUUCUCAAAUCCUUAAUGUACUUUUGGGUUGUUCUAUUUUCAAGUAG